AUGACAAGUAAUGCCAUGAACGUUUUCGCGAAUGAUGUUUUUCAGUCAGAGGAAGAAAUCCUUGCUGUUGCUAACGUGAUGAGAGCAAUGUCUUCAUAUGAGCGUGACCUAGAAUAUGCAGAAGAAUUACAGCUUCGAGAGGUGAUGGAGGCUAGCAAGCCAAUAAACUCAAGAAGAAAAGGAGCAGUUCACCAGAGUUCAGCGGACCUAUUCCUCGAAAACAUAUCAAAAGCAUACUCUCUUCAAGCAACUCAGCUGUUUCGUCUCGCAGGUAACAAGAAGUUUACAGAAACUUUUAACAAAAUUGAGAAGCAGGAACAAACAGGCCAUCGGAAAGGAAGAAACUUCAAGGAGAGCAAAGAUAAAAGUUUUGUAUCGAACAAGUUGCCCGCCAAACGUAAAUUUGGUGAAACAAUAACUUCUCAGGAUACCUCUGACGCGACCGAGAAUACACAACCGGCAAAAAUUCGCAGGCAAUCUCCGGCACGUCAUAGCUGUCAAACCUGCUUCGAUGAUUUUUGCACUUUUGAUUUAAGUAGCGAUAUAAACAAAAUGGCAUCAAGUAGCGCAACUUUGGGUGUAAUUUUACAUUGCACGCACGGAUUUUGUUUGUCAUGCAUGAAAAACUACUUGAAUGUAUUACUCCAAGAGGAGUCAAUAUCUUUCCCAAUAAAGUGUCCUUUGAAAUGUGAAACGGCAGAAAUUUCGGAAAAUAUAGCAGAAAAGGUACUUACGAGCGAAGGAAUGGGGAAUUGGUAUUUAAAAAUGGCGUUGUCUACGAUUAAAAAUAAGAUUUACUGUCCAAACAAAAGGUGUAGCGCAAUUUUUGACUACGAUCCUGAGGGAUCCAGUCAAGGAAGUCCUGUGGAGUGUCCGAUUUGUCUUAAAGAGUUUUGCCCCCUUUGCUGCACCAGUUGGCAUUUUGAUUUAACCUGUGAGCAAUACCAAGCGCUUCCUCCUAGCGAACGUGCCCCGGAAGAUCGUGCUGUACUUAAAUUGGCCCAAAAUGAAAAGUGGAAACGUUGUCCCAAAUGUCGUGUACUCGUUCAACUGGAUACUGGAUGCAAUCAUAUUACGUGCAGAUGCAAAACAGAAUUUUGUUACAAAUGUGGGGAACUCUGGGAUAAAAAACAAGAACGUUGUGUCAAAAAAUGCGACUUAUGGGAUGAACUAAUGUUAUUGGAGGAGCGUGCCCGACGACAACGGAUUCAGGAAUUAAACCAAGAACGAUUACUUCGAGCACGAGUCGUUGUAAUUCCGCGUGCCCAACAAGUUCGUGAGAUGAAUAUGGAUGUUAUUAUAUUUCUGGAUUUGAUUUACUGGUGCAUAUUUCAAACAGCUGGACGCGGAAAUGCGAAUCAAAAUGGUCGAGUGCGCGUUCGAGCGAAUCACGCAGUUCAGCAGAAUAACCGGAUAAAUCGACCAGACAUUGAUCUCAGAACUCUUUUUCAAAAAUACAAGAACAAGGAAGUUAAUGUUAAUCGCUGGCUCAAAACGAUGUUGGAUAGUAACCGAUGCGGUUAUUGUUAUUCGAGAUUUGACUCUCUCCUAAAUCUCGAAAACCACCUUAAACAUACGCCUAACCACGAGGUCUACUACUGUUGUGGCAAGCUGUUUGAGCUCAGAGCGAAUAUCAGGCAACAUAGGACCUCAGUUCAUCCAGGUGCCGCCCAAUAA